AUGGGCGACUCGGUGGUCAUUUGCGGUCGAGACGACGACCGCCUAGCUGCAGCGGUUGAUGCGCUCCAGCAGUCGGAAAAAGCGGCCGUCAAGGGAGACGAGUCGCCGAGUGCGCGCGUGUGGGGGAUCCGUUGUGACGUGGCGAAUGCGGAGGAUCUGGCGAGCCUGGCGGAAUUCGCGGUGGAGCAGAUGGGAGGCGUGGACAUCUGGAUCAACAAUGCAGGCCAGGUGACAUCCAAGUCCUUGCUAGCAGAUGUGCCUCCAUCCGACAUUGCCUCGGCUGUCAGCACCAAUGUGCUCGGGUCCCUUCUCGGCUGCCGGGAGGCCAUCCGAGUGAUGAGGCAACAAGCUGAUGAAACUCAAUCCGCUGCCACACCGCGCUACCACAUCUUCAACCUGGGGUUCUCGCGGUGGGGAGCAGCAUUCACGCGCUCUGCUGCCACGCACAAGUCCACUAAGAUGGCCCUCUCGCAGCUCACCACCAGCCUCAAUGACGAGCUCAAUCAGGCAGGUCUGACGAGCAUAUCAGUGCACAACCUGUCGCCAGGCAUGGUGCUCACAGACCUGCUGCUCAAGGACUCCACGCCCAUUGCACGCCGCUUCUUCAACGCACUCGCAGAGGAACCCGAGACUGUUGCUGCUGCCAUUGUUCCUCUGAUUCGUGGAGUCACAGCGCCGAACGAGAACGUGGAGUACAUGUCUCCAGUGGAUGCGUUCAUCCGAGUUGUCACUGGAGUGCCACAGAUUGUCAAAGACAGGGAGUGCCAUCUGCAGGCAUAUGCUAAGCAAGCAGCUGUGACUGCACCACUGCAAUACAGCGUGCGCUGCAAUAGUUUUUUUGUUCAAACCAUGGCGGACAUCGCGGAGGGGCUUACUGAGGAGCAGAAGCAACAGUAUUUUGAUCAAGGUUAUUUGGUGCUUGAGGAUUUUUGGACGCCGGAUGAUUGUUCGCGCAUGAUGCAGCGAAUCGACGAGCUGCUAGAGGGUUUCGACCCCAACACGGUCAACGUCUUCAGCACGCGCGAUCAGGCCCGUCUGACCAACGACUAUUUCCUCGACAGCGGCAGACGCGUCUCUUUCUUCUUCGAAGAGAAGGCGUUUGACGCAGACAAGAAGCUGGUGAAGCCGAAGAAGCUUGCAAUCAACAAAGUGGGCCACGCCUUGCAUGACCUGGACAGUGUGUUCGGCCCGCUCUCUCGCUCCUCUAAGGUCGCCUCCCUCUGCAAGUCCCUGGGCUUCCGGCGACCCCUGCCCGUCCAGUCCAUGUACAUAUUCAAGCAACCGGGCAUAGGCGGGGAGGUGGUGCCGCAUCAGGACAGCUCGUUCCUGUACACGGACCCGCCCUCGUGUGUGGGCGUGUGGGUGGCUGUGCAGGACGCCACGGUGGAAAACGGCUGCCUGUACGCGCUGCCUGGCUCGCACAAGGACCCCCUAGCGCGUCGGUUUGUGCGGGACGGCAAGUGCGGAGUGACAUUUGAUGCGCCCAGCCCCACAUACGACCUCACCCAGUUCGUGCCUGUCCCUGUCAAGGCCGGCACCGCCGUCAUCCUGCACGGCCAGCUCGUGCACUUCAGUUACGAGAACAAGUCCCCAGUGUCACGCCACGCCUACUCCAUGCACAUUGUCGAGUCGGACGGGCCGGCAUAUCCUUCCGACAACUGGCUUCAGGUUGGCCCGGUGGCGAGUAGAACAAGAGAAGUCGCAUCUGCCACUCCUGGGAUGGCGGGGAUGCGCGGAGACGAAGCUGUCUGCAUGGGGGACGUCGAUCCGCCCCCUAGGAAGGGCGUGCCGUGGGCUCGUAUUAAGACUGCUGAAAGCCUGCUGCUUCAAGGGAGGCCCGCAGCAGCAGCAAGGCUGGCGGAACGACUGUUGGCGCAGCUGCUGGGCAAGGGGAGGGGGGAGAAUGGGGAGGGGCUUGCUCGGGGCGCGGGGAAUGGGGACGAGGGGGAAGUGAGGGGGGAGGGAAAAGCAGAUAGAAAAUGGAGGAUAAGGGAGAUGGGAGAGAAGAGGGGAAGCAAUGAAGAUUUGUCAGAUUCAGCAGAAGCAGCAUUAAAGGCGGUGGGAGUGGUUUGGGUGCAGGCAAACGCCAGAAUGGGCAGGCAUUCUCAUGUUCUCUCAGAGUUCAAGCGCUUCUUCGGUGCUCUCUCCCUCGUUGCUCCGCCUCUGUUCCUCAUAUGGCUUUCUCUUGCUGUAUCUGCCCGAGAAUUCCCAGGGCAGUGCGGCCCUGAGACUGCCCUUGUUGCUGCGGCUUGCCUUGCCCUGAUAUUGCUCACAAGAUUCCGAGCUCAAGCAAACAGGGUUUUCUCGCAAGCUCGUUCAGCAACACUGCAAGCUUUGCGGGAUCUCUGGUCGCUCGCCUUUACUGUUAAUCUGAGCCCUCUAGCUGUUGCUGCUCAGCCUGCUACUGGUGCUGGUGGCACUCCCUUCAGUUAG